AUGAUGUGCUCGUGGAUAUGCGUUGCACUGAUUGGAGGAUUUACUCCGGUUGAAGCGAUAUUCAAAUUCCCAAUAUUCUGGCCCACUGCUCCUCCAUUCCCUACCAGACCACCUUUAACUCUUACCCCAAGAAUUCGAACUCGAGAACCGAUAACACAAGGUCCAUACUAUACGGAUGACAUUGACCUUCGAUCAUCGACUCCAGGAAUAAUUGACGGAACGGAUGUUUCGUCUACUGUUUCACCCGAUUUGACUUCAACUUUCCCUGGAAGAGGUUACCCACCGAUCGAGACCUCAGGAUCAGGAUUACCUGAAGGCAGUGGUGAAGAGUCAGGAGACAUUUUGGGAAUUCUGGGAAUACGCGAGUCAUCCGGCGAAGCGUCAGGAAUUCCAGAAGCAUUUGGAGAAUUUUCGGGAACUCCAGAGACAUCUGGAGAAUCUUCUGGUAUCCCAGAGAUAUCCGGCGAAUCAUCAGGAGCUCCAGACCUUCUGGAA